GAUGAUUGUCACAUUUUCGUCGACGGUUGUUCAAUAUCUUCGCUGGAGCAGUUGCAGAUGUGUUCGGUACAUGAGCCCGUGAAAAGUGCGUCAAGAGAAACUGCCUGUGUACUACGUGGAGAAGUCAGGGGGAUGUGCCCUGUACCCCAGAACUUACCCUUACGCUCAUUCAUUCCUCUCUCCCUGGGAAGACUUCUGAGGGUUGGUUUUGUUUUAGUGCAGAUAUAUUUUACGAUGAGUUUUCUGAUUGUCGAAUAAUCAUGGGACAAGUGCAUCUUUAUGAGCGGUUUUAAUUUCAUCACUUUGGAAAAGACAGGGAAAUUCAGGAUAAGAAAGUUCGGAACUUUCCCAGGGCUCGUCACCGAGGAGCGAAAAUAUAAUUACGAUUUGCCAUAUGGCCAAGUCAAAGUGGUAAAUUUAGCAUAAAGUAAGUGUAAAUUUAGCUUAGCCGGCUACCAUUAAAUGUUAGGGAUGUAUUUGUUGCUUUACGAUUGUGUGUUUCGGAAGUAGUGUACUAGCUCUAACGUUUAAAUCAAUUCUGUGAAGUUCAAGAUUUUAUCUAACAAUAUUUCAAAUUCUACAAAUAGACGACUGAAUGAUUGCGACAAGUCUCGAGUGUGUUCAUUCAACUUUGUGAACGUUGUCAGCGCGUGCUGGCAAAGUUUGUCGAAUUUCAUAUCAGAUCAUAAUAUCAUCAAGAUGACUCUAUUCCUGAUAACGACGUUCUUUCUGGCUGCGGUUCCGGCAGGAUUUGCUGCCCCAAAACUCUUGAAAGUUGACACCCACUCGAUAGCUAUACACCAGCAUUUCUUCCCCGAUUGCUCCCCAACUCCUCGACUGAAGACCAUCGAUACGACUUCCCAAGCGGUUUAAUCCUCCGUAGUACAAUCCGGACUGGCCAGAACCCUAGUGGAACCUUCUGCCGGACUGACCAUAAAGAGAUAGUACUACUUCAUUGUGGUAGGCCACCACACCGUGCCUACCGGAGCCAUAUUUCACGAAGAAGAGCAUGUAAACUACUUGGCAUUUACCAGAGCUUUUAAUGAACUACAAAAGGACGCUUUUUUAAUGAGCUACGAGCUUAAGCCGAUUAUCAUAUGGGUGAAUCACAGCUCAGAUAGCUACAUGACUCACCUGGCGGCUUGUCGUCUCAUUGAGGAACAGGUAAUAGCGAUAUUCGGACCUGGAAAUCCAUUCACAAGCGAUAUCGUCUCCACUAUCACAUCGAGAUAUGAUAUUCCUCAUAUCGAAUAUAUAUUCAAACGCACCGACGAUUCUCCCCUUUUCAAUUCAACGAUCAAUAUUUAUCCUGAUGCAGAAAUCAUCGGGGAGGCACUCGCAGAUAUUUUAAACAGCACACGCUGGACGCAGUUUACUGUGCUGUAUGAAACGAACGAUGGAUUAUCACGAUUCCAGAAUUUAUUGGAGAACCAUGGACCAAAUGACUUUCCUGUAACAAUACGCCAAUUAAACCCCAGUUACGACAAACUGACAAAUGAACCGGAUUAUCGACCUCUAUUGAAAGAAAUCGCCAAUUCCUCGGAUUUCAAUCUUAUUAUUGAUGUUAUGCCUGACAAAAUAAAAAGAAUUAUAGAACAAGCUCGGGAGGUGAAAAUACUUCAGGAAUAUUGGCACUACCUGUUUACUGGUUUGCAUUCUAACACUGAGAUGAUGGUGGACGCUCUCAAUAAAUCCAAUGCCAAUGUGACUGUACUUCAAUUACUGACCGAUGAAAUCAAUGAAUAUAAUCUGACUACGGUGGAGAGCGCUGUGCUUUUUGAUGGAGUCUUCCUCCUCAAUGAAGCCCUAGAGGUCUUCAAAGAACGAAACAAGAAUGAUGAGGAUGAGACAAUAGACAUUCAACCAGGUUCAUAUACUUGCAGUACUCCAGAAAAGUAUGCUGCAGGACUUAGUCUAGUGUCUCUCAUGCGACGGGUAACACUAGAUGGAACUGUCACUGGACCGGUGUAUUUUCGUGAAAAUGGCGGAAGAUCCUUCAAGGUAGCCUUCAAGGAAUUUUAUAGUGAAAAAAUCUCCACAUCUGGCUAUUGGGAUGAUGGAAAAGUCACGAUAAUCAGUACUCCAGAAGAUCGUGAAGCACAUGCUCAACAAAGCAUUGAAAAAAGAACGUUCAUAGUAACCACUAGAAAGGGUGAACCCUAUGUAAUGGACGUGUUAGAUGGAUCUUCUAGAGGUGCAGUAUUUCUAGGGACAACUACACGUUAUGAAGGCUACGCUGUAGACCUCAUCGAGGAGCUGGCAAAAAUACUCAAAUUUAGCUACAACUUUGAACUUGUGCCGGGUAAUAAGUACGGAAAUGAGGACGCCAACACGAGACAAUGGGAUGGCCUCAUUGGUCGCCUUUUACGACGAGAAACAGAUCUGGCAAUUUGCGAUCUCACGAUAACGAAAGCACGAGAAAUAGCUGUUGAUUUUACACUACCCUUCAUGGAUCUGGGGAUAAGUAUUUUAUUCGCUAAAUCAGAAACUAAAGAACCUGAGCUUUGGUCGUUUCUUUCACCGUUCUCUGCUGAUGUUUGGAUAUACGUGACAACAGCUUAUGUUUCAGUGUCUGUUUUACUCUACGUUCAAGCCAGGAUGGCCCCUGAAGAGUGGAUUGCUCCUCAACCUAGUACUACUGAACCUGAGGAACUUGAAAAUAGUUUCGACCUGAUGAAUUCAAUGUGGUUGACAGCUGGGUCACUUGUACAAGCAGGUUCAGAUAUUCUCCCCAGGGCUCCAUCAAUUCGUAUGGUGGCAGGCAUGUGGUGGUUCUUCGUCCUGAUUAUGGUAUCGUCUUAUACUGCCAAUCUAGCUGCCUUUCUCACUGCCACAAAAAAGGAUGUAUCCAUUGGUAGUGUCACGGAACUCGCUGCUCAAACGAAAAUCAAGUAUGGGGCUAUAAAAGGUGGUUCCACUGCUGGGUUUUUCAAGGGUGCGAAUACGUCAAUAUAUCAGAGAAUGUGGGCGGCAAUGAAUGAAGCAAAACCAACUGUCUUCACUGAGAACAACGACCAAGGUGUAGAACGAGUAGCAAAGGGAAAACAAACAUACGCGUUUCUCAUGGAAUCAACUGGCAUUGAAUACGCGAUAGAACGAAAUUGCGAUUUAAUGAAAGUCGGCGAUCUGCUCGACAGCAAAGGAUACGGAAUAGCUCUACCACCAAAUUCACCGUACCGCACUCUAUUCAGUCAAGGCAUUCUGAGGCUUCAGGAGAGGGGUAUCUUACGUCAGUUGAAAGAGAAAUGGUGGUUGCAGGGUAGUAAAAACUGUACUGCUAAUGAACCAGAACCGUCUUCGGGGGAGUUGACAAUGUCUCACGUUGGGGGUGUUUUUUUGGUUUUCGUAUUUGGUCUUUUCUUGGCAUUUCUCUUCGCAGUGUUUGAGUGCAUAUGGAACGUCCGGAAAAUUGCAGUUGAGGAGAAAAUCACACCUCUUGAAGCAUUUAUUGCUGAAUUAAAAUUCGCCGUGAACGUGACCACCUCGAAAAAGCCCGUGAAUAUAUCGAAAUCAGGCCAGAGCAGUCGUAAUUCAGGGAGAGGAUCAUCUCUGGAGCUCAAUAUUUUGGGUAACAAAGAUAACGCGCAAAUAGACUCAGAAUAAAUUACUGUUGUUCAUCAUGAUGACGAUAUCGUGUAAAAACAAUCAUCAACAGUUUAUUCAAAUAAUAGUAAAACUAUGCAUAUCGUAAAUUAAUUGCAUGAAUUAAAGCAAAUGUUAAAAAAACAAACAGAAAUAAGUAAUUU